UCAAUUUUAACUAUUUUUCAUUGUUUAAUGGCUAUUCCCAACGCUCCCCCGAACCUCCAAAAUUUCCCUCAUUUUAUCGCCACUCCUCAAUUUUCCCUCGGAUUUUCCCGAACUUUCUCACCGGCGACUCACAAACCUGUCCGACCUGUCAGAGCGUUCAAAGAAUGGCGCGAAUACGAGGAAGCAGUGAAGCGGAAGGACCUCGCCGGAGCUCUCAGUUUCCUGAAAUCCCUCGAAACCGAACAACGCCCAACGGUAGAGCCGUUCAACGAUGGAACUUCUCCGGUGACGGAGUUAACUCGGUCUCGGUUCCGCGAGUUGGAGCUGUUUGGACCGCAGAGGGAUUGGGAAGUUCUGGACACGUGCAUGAAUGCUGAUAACAUGAAACUUGUUGGGAACGCUUACAAGUUCCUCCAAGAUAGGGGUUUCUUGCCCAAUUUUGGUAAAUGCAGAAACAUUGUUUUGGAGGGUACAAGGAAUGUAACACCAGAUGUCUUGAGCUCCUCAACUGGUUUGGAAGUGACUAAACUUGCUCCAAAGAAGUGGGGUCUCUCGGAUGGUUCAAGCACCGCUUUGGUUGCUUUUUUUGGCGGUGUGUCCUUUCUUAUUUCACAAGGAAUAGACCUCAGGCCUAACCUUGCAGUGAUAUUAGGUCUAGCCAUUGCGGAUUCUAUAUUCCUGGGAGGUACAUGUUUAGCUCAAAUCUCAAGUUAUUGGCCACCAUAUAAGCGACGAAUCCUCAUUCAUGAAGCAGGACAUCUCCUAAUAGCUUACUUGAUGGGUUGCCCAAUUCGAGGGGUGAUCUUAGAUCCAAUAGUUGCAAUGCAAAUGGGUAUCCAAGGACAGGCAGGGACUCAGUUUUGGGAUGAGAAAGUUGCCAGCGACCUUGCCGAAGGCCGACUUGAUGGUUCAGCUUUUGACAGGUACUGUAUGGUACUUUUUGCUGGCAUUGCUGCUGAAGCUCUUAUAUAUGGCGAGGCAGAGGGUGGAGAAAAUGAUGAAAAUCUAUUUAGAAGCAUCUGUCUUCUUCUUGAGCCUCCACUGUCUGUAGCUGAGAUGUCUAAUCAAGCAAGAUGGUCAGUUAUGCAAUCUUAUAAUUUGCUCAAGUGGCAUAAAGCUGCACACCGAGCUGCUGUUAAAGCAUUGGAAAGUGGUGGCAGUCUUAGUAUUGUAAUCAGGAGGAUCGAAGAGACUUUAUAUUCUGAAAAAUAAACCUUCAAAGUUUACAUAAAAGAACAAAUUUUGUCUUUUAAGUUGCAUAAAGGGUUAUUGAGAUAGAUUUAAACUGGAGCUGGUUUGACUGGUCUUUAUAUACCAUUGCAUAUUUGCAGAUGCUACAUGUAUUGGACCUUGUCUACCAUGACAGAAUCAAUCAAAUGAAUAAUUUGUUUCAGCAGGUGACCCUAUUGAGGUUUGUACCAAGCUGUACCGAAUAUAGUUAGAUAUGUAAUACUAGUGGAAAUGAAGUUAUUGUGGAAUGAUAGCUGAGUUUAGAGCGAUUCUGAGCCGUGCAUAUGUUUUUUGUUGCAAGUUAUAUAGAAAAUGGUUUGUAAAUAACUAUUGUCAUUCAUGGACAAUUGUUUUGUACCUAUAUAUUCUUUAAUUUUUAUGAUUGAGUGAACUCCGACACCCCUUA